AUGACACCCACACCACCAUCCACCACCUCAUCCAGCGCGGGGGCCCAUUCCCCUGAAUUCAGGGUCAUUCGCAAGCGAAACCGAGUACCUUUGUCAUGUGCACCCUGCCGCCACCGAAAACUGAAAUGUAACCGUUCCCAUCCUUGCGAGAACUGCGUCAAACGAGGCGACGCAGCAUCAUGUAACUACGCCCAGGCCAGCAGCCGCAAAAAGAACUCCCCACAGCAGACGUCCCCGACAUCGCCCGAUGACAUGCAAAACCGGAUCGACCGCUUGGAAGGGUUGGUCUUAUCGCUGAUGACCAAUGGUAACCAGGCAGCUGGGCCGGCAGCUGCCCUGGCUGCAAUCUCAGGGGAAAGUAGUGCUGGGUCGACCGGGUUGUCAAAUGAGAUUGAUAUCGACGAUAUCGACGAUGACGCUGAGGGCGGUCCGGAAGAGAGCGACACGGAGCAGGUGACGAAAUCAUUUGGUGUCAUGAAAAUGGACAGCGGCAAGUCCUACUACAUCAGUGAAGCCCACUGGGCUUCAGUGCUGAAUGAUAUUUCCGAAGUGCGAAACUUCUUCACCACGCAUAAGAAGCAGUUUGACGACCAGGCGGAGAAGUUGAAGGCUACUCGGCCAGAAACUGAUAAUCCCGGAGGCUCUACGCUGCUCUUCGGUGCCAUGAAGCCAUUAACUCGACCUGAGAUCCUGGCGUCAUUGCCCUCUAAGUACACAACUGAUAUUCUCGUUGCCCGCUAUUUCAACAGCUACGACCCAGCAACGCAUGUCCUCCACGGCCCCACCUUCCAAGCACAGUAUAAUAAGCACUGGGAAGAUCCCACGAAAACAGAGCUAGUAUGGAUCGCAAUGCUCUUUGCCAUGAUGAGACUAUCGAUGCUUUCAUACCACCGGGAAGGUGAUGAGCCUCCGGAGUUCCGGGGCAAGGCGAUGGACAUGGCGGGGUCCUUUAGGAACUCGGUAGCGCAAUGUCUGACUCUAGCAGACUACACAAAACCACAUCGUUUCCUAAUCGAGACCUUGGUCUUCCACCUUUACGGUGAUUUCUCACAGACUAGGGAUGCAGAUAUCUCGAUCUGGGUUCUUUCGGGCGUGAUUGCCCGUCUGGCGAUGCGCAUGGGAUACCACCGUGACUCGAAGAUGUUCCCCAACAUCACACCUUUCCAGGGUGAGAUGCGACGUCGAGUCUGGGCCUUUGUGCGACAGGCAGAUCUUCUAUUUUCAUUCCAGGUCGGCAUGCCGAGUAUGCUUCGCACCACGGAUUCUGACACAGAUUUGCCGCGAAACUUGUACGAUGAUGACUUUGACGAAGACAGCAAAGAACUGCCGCCAGCUCGCCAGAUAAGCGAGCCAACGCCCAUCUCCUAUCUGAUUACCAAGGCUCGUCUUACGUACGCCUUUGGCCGGGUCAAUGAGCACUAUUCGGCGGUUUCAUCGUCCUCGUAUGAUAAAGUGAUGGAGAUUGAUGCUGAUCUGCGGCGGGGGCGGGAUUUGAUUCCUGAUCACCUCCAAAUUCGUCCGCUAGACGAGUGCCAGCUUGACCCCAUCAACCUCAUCAUGUCGCGCUUCUCAGUAAUGACUGUCUACCACAAAGCACAAUGCGUGUUGCAUCGACCAUAUCUCAUUCGCGCUCGGGAGAAUCCCCGCUUCACAUACUCCCGCCGCACUUGCAUCGACUCGGCCCUCGAGAUUCUUGUGUUCCAGGCGAUCCUACACGCAGAAACGCGCAAUGGACGCCUCCGCGGCCGCACUGUCGUUACCUCCCUCACCUCUGCCGACUACCUCCUCGCCGCCACGAUCGUCUGCCUAGACCUCUACCAGACCUUCCAGCUUCAGGCCUCGAACCGUCCCUCCGGCGACACGUACACAUGGGGGCAUGAACGACGCGAAGAGAUGACGGGGGCGAUCCAGCGCUCGAAAGAGAUCUGGGACCAGCUGCGUGAUGAGAGCAUGGAGGCGUUCAAGGCGAGCUCCGUGCUUGGUGUCAUGCUGAAUAAAAUUCAUAGCGCCGUUCCGCCGCUUGAGAACACCUCAGGCACUGGCGGUGCUAUAUUCGAGACGCAAGACGAGAAGCAAAACGCGGCUAUGACGCUAGGCUUGCUCAGUAGCGGCAUGAGCCCGAUGAGCCAGGGCCCGCCUCCGUUCACGGACCCGUUGUUCAAGAUGAGUGAUGCAUCGAUGCCGAGUAGCAUGCCAGGCCCAACGGCUGAAAUGCCAGGGCCUCUGUCGCCAUUCAGUAGCAUGUUCGGAACGAUGCCGGACAUGCAGGUCAAUCUCGAUUGGGAUGCAUGGGAUACGUAUAUUCAAAACCCAACUUUCGAUACAUCAAACCAGUUCUGGCCCAUGAUGGACCCUCAGCGCCAACAGACGCCGCAAGGAGUCGGAAUGACCCAGCCUCCGAUGACUAGCCCCUUGGGAACCACUCGGACAUCUUCGAUGUCGAAUGGUGCCCCUUCACAACGUCUUCCCAACAUAUUCUCACCACCAGGGCCCUCGCCUGAAAGCGUUACAUCAUCGGUACCUGGCUUUACACCGAUGUCCUCGCAAUCGGGUAAUAGCGGCCGUAGCCAGGGCCCGCUGUGA